AGAGGGAAGGAGGGAGGAGGGCGGGCAAGCUAGAGCCGGCAGGCAGCGGGAGCCCGAGAGAGCCGCGUCGGGAGUGCGGUCUCCAUGGCAGUGCUGGGCGCAGCCAGAGAGAGCCUGUCCAGGGGGCUGAGCCCCACCCCCAAAUCCCUGGGGCAUCCAGAAGAUUCCUGACUGGUCAAGAACCAGAGGCAAAAGAGACCUGGAAGUCCCAGCAUGGGGACCAGAACCCCCCAGCCAGCCUCAUAGUUGGGAAAGUAGCCAGCUUGCCUGCCCCAUCAAUUGCAGGGAUGCUUAAGGAAGGCCCCGCCCAGUAUGAAAGCUGAGGAUUGCCUCUGCUGACCCUCAGUCUCCUCCCCUGCCCUCUACAUCUGCCCUCAGCUGGGUCCAUCAUGCAAUGCUGAGCACUGGGGUGAGCCUGGGGGCGGCCUGCCUGCUGACAGGGCGAGGAUUGUGGGGAUCAUGGGAGUGUUUGUGAGUGGGGCUCCUGGGUGAGACCUAGCCCCCACCCCCACAGAGCUCAAGGGGGUGGGGGGCUGAGGAUAGGAUGGCUCGGGGCGGGGCGGGGGCAGAGGAGGCCUCCCUGCGCUCCAAUGCAUUGUCCUGGCUGGCCUGUGGGCUCCUGGCGCUGCUGGCCAAUGCCUGGAUCAUCCUCAGCAUCUCGGCCAAGCAGCAGAAGCACAAGCCACUGGAGCUGCUGCUCUGCUUCCUAGCAGGCACACACAUACUCAUGGCAGCUGUGCCCCUCACCACCUUUGCUGUGGUGCAGCUGCGUCGUCAGGCUUCCUCCGACUAUGACUGGAACGAGAGUAUCUGCAAGGUCUUCGUGUCCACCUACUACACCCUGGCCCUGGCUACCUGCUUCACGGUCGCUUCACUCUCCUACCAUCGCAUGUGGAUGGUGCGCUGGCCCGUCAACUACCGCCUCAGCAACGCCAAGAAGCAGGCACUGCAUGCCGUCAUGGGCAUCUGGAUGGUCAGCUUCAUCCUCUCCACACUGCCCUCCAUUGGCUGGCACAACAACGGCGAGCGCUACUAUGCCCGCGGCUGCCAGUUCAUAGUCUCCAAGAUCGGCCUCGGCUUUGGCGUUUGCUUCAGCCUCUUGCUACUUGGGGGAAUUGUCAUGGGUCUGGUCUGUGUGGCCAUCACCUUCUACCAGACACUGUGGGCCCGGCCCAGGAGGGCUCGGCAGGCCCGGAGAGUGGGGGGUGGUGGGGGGACCAAAGCGGGUGGGCCAGGGGCCUUGGGUACCCGGCCAGCUUUUGAGGUGCCAGCCAUUGUGGUGGAGGAUGCCCGAGGGAAGCGGCGGUCCUCGCUGGAUGGCUCGGAGUCUGCCAAGACAUCCCUGCAGGUCACCAACUUGGUCAGCGCCAUCGUCUUUCUCUAUGACUCACUCACAGGGGUGCCCAUCUUGGUGGUGAGCUUCUUCUCCCUCAAGUCGGACUCGGCGCCCCCCUGGAUGGUGCUGGCUGUGCUGUGGUGCUCCAUGGCACAGACGCUGCUGCUGCCCUCCUUCAUCUGGUCCUGCGAGCGCUACCGCGCCGACGUGCGCACAGUGUGGGAGCAAUGCGUGGCCAUCAUGUCUGAGGAGGAUGGAGAUGACGAUGGGGGCUGUGACGACUAUGCGGAGGGCCGAGUUUGCAAAGUUCGCUUUGAUGCUAACGGAGCCACAGGACCAGGGAGCCGGGACCCCGCCCAGGUGAAGCUGCUGCCUGGAAGGCACACGCUCUUCCCUCCUCUUGAGAGAGUCCACUACUUACAGGUCCCCCUAUCCCGGCGUCUGUCCCAUGAUGAGACAAACAUCUUCUCUACCCCUCGGGAACCAGGCUCCUUCCUGCACAAGUGGUCAUCCUCUGAUGACAUCCGGGUCCUCCCAGCCCAGAGCCGGGCCCUUGGGGGUCCUCCUGAGUACCUGGGACAAAGACACAGGUUGGAGGAUGAGGAGGACGAGGAAGAGGCUGAAGGUGGGGGGCUGGCCAGCCUUCGCCAAUUCUUGGAGAGUGGGGUUCUGGGGUCAGGUGGGGGACCCCCACGGGGUCCUGGCUUCUUCCGGGAGGAGAUCACCACCUUCAUCGAUGAGACACCUCUGCCUUCUCCGACUGCCUCACCAGGGCACUCUCCUCGUCGGCCCCGGCCACUGGGCCUCUCACCCCGCCGACUCUCCCUUGGGUCCCCUGAGAGCAGAGCCGUUGGACUUCCUUUGGGACUAAGCGCAGGGAGACGCUGCUCCCUGACGGGGGGUGAAGAAAGUGCAAGGGCUUGGGAAGGAUCCUGGGUCCCAGGCAACCCCAUCUUUCCCCAGCUGACCCUGUGAGCCCAAGCAGGCCUGCUGAACUCAGAGGAGAAAGCCUGAGUGAGUAACACCUCAUUCUGGCCGAAAGUAGGGCAGCUGCCUCCAGACUCUGGGGAGACGGGCGCUAGAUUUGGGGCUCAGAAGGCCCUGCUCUCUCCCAUCCAAGUGACCAGAUGCCCUACUCACCUUCCAUCACCCCUAGCAAUAUGUAUUAAAGUCUGAAGUGUUGCCAUGGAAA